CAGAACUUCACUCAACAGAUGAAGAUUCUCUGAGGUUGACAUCAGAUCAUUCAGCAGUAAUCUAUUCAACAGCACAAAGAUGAUCAAGACAACAACUGCAGUAACUAUCAUCCUGUUUUUGUGUGCUAUAACUGCACAGGGUAUCCCUGUGCCAGGACCUCAAGCCCGGUGCUUGUGCCUCAGCACCAGCUCUGAGUUCAUCAAUCCAAAGCUCAUCAAGAGUUUGAAAUACAUUCCCAAAGGAUCGCACUGUGAGAUGCUGGAGAUAAUUGUCACCAUGAAAACCGGGAAGAAAUUAUGUGUGAGCCCUGAUGCUGAGUGGGUGAAGAUUAUCAUUAAAGUAAAGAAAGAUGCCAGUUCACCCAAAAAAGAACAAUGGGAUGGACUUAAUUUCAAACUUGAGAAACUGGAAGAAAAUGGGACAUUGAAAUGAAAGCUGCUUUGUCCAGGACAUUAAUUCUCUGCUAACACCAUCCGAUGGCUUGUUUGAAUAUUUACCCUGCUUUAUUUUACAAAAAUGAUUAUAAUUUUUAACCCUGUCACACUGUAAUUGUUUACUCACUGCCAAUGAAAACUGCCUGAUGUAGUUCCUAAAACUUCGGGACAGCUCUGAAUUUUAUUUUCAAAGUCUAGCAUGCGCAUAAAUAAAAGAUACUGCUUAUACUAUUGCAAA